AUGGAACACCAGGUGGAGAGGCGACCGUUCGAGCCGGGACUUCGAGCUGGCGGGAUACGUGAUGCAGGGUGGAAGCGCUUGUGGGCUCGACUUUCCAAGGACUUAGGCGUCGAUAACCACACAUCUCAAACACCGUCAAAGGGCAACGACGACAGCGAAACCGACCUCAGCGGGUACAACACAUACGCCCCAACCCCCGAACCUCGCGAGCCAACGCCUCUCCCCGACGAUCCAUGGGAGCGACUGGAGUACGACCGGGGACGUCUCCACUGGGACAAGGAGAGGUAUCAAUUUGGAAAGAUUUUCCUUAACGAGUCCCUCAUAGAUGGGGCUAGGACGAGGAAUAAAAAUGAGCCAGGCGACAGGCAAGCCCGCAAGAAACGCGAGACAAUGGAAAGCUUUCGCUACGUAGAUCCUGCUCGGUUCUCUCUUGAAUAUCGCCAUUUUCAAGGCCACAUUGAUCUCCCAAAGAAAGGCUGGACGCAGGAGGAGAUCAAUGCUAUGUAUGAUGCUGAAGUUGGCAUAGUUGAAUGA